GUAUAGCCUUUCACAUUGUGUUUGUGAAGCUUGUUUUGUUGGAACUUUGCUGUUGGACUAAUGCCUGUAUUUUUGGAUUUCUGAAAUUGUAUGUAACAUCUUGGAAGUUCUGCGUGAAUCUUUGGUCUUUUGUUGCUACCCAAGUCUGAAUUUACCAUGAUGGACAUAGCCUCAGGAGAUAUUCAGUUCAUCACUCCGCCACUUGGUUCUUUAGGGGACGUCCAUCACCCCCAGAGCUGACAGACAGAGAUCACUUUCAUGUCUUUAUCAGCUACAGCAGCUGUGACUCAGCUGUGGACACAAAGACUCAUUACCUGGCUAGAAUCUCCUCAGUGUGGUCUACUGACCUGCUACCAUGAGAGAGACUUUGUUCCUGGCUGCAGCAUCCUGGAGAACAUGACAAACUGCAUUCAGAAAUCUCAGAAAGUGCUUCUUGUCCUCAGUCAGGACUUUGUGAGGAGUCGCUGGUGUCUGCUGGAGGCCAACUUGUCCCUGUUCAGAGAUUGCCUGGAGCGCAAGCCUUUGGUACCGGUGCUACUCGAACCUGACAUCACCAUCCCGCUGCAUCUCUGCCACAUAACAUAUCUGGAUGCUAAAGACCCUGACUUCCACAGUAAACUAUUGAAAGUUCUCUGCACACCCAAUAACCAGAUGCAAGGUUCCAGUGUGGUGCCUUACCAGCCUCCCUCUGUCUACAAUGGGAAAGCUCUGCAGCCUCUCUCAGCUGUGAAUGAGGGGGAAGGCCUCUACGAGUGGGAAGCAGGUCUCUUCAGUGAGAGCGUUCCAGAUCAGUUGCGUCUAAUACUACGCAAUGAGGAGAAGUACAUUGCAGCAAUCAGGAAUAUUAACAGUGUUUCUCAAACAAACAAACUGUCUGUGAUAUCUGUGCCGUUACUUGUGUUUGCUGUUCUAGUGCCUUUUGGUUUAAUGGUAGCAUCAAUGGUAGCUUUUGUGCGAAAAAGAAAUGAAGACUAAUAAAACAUGUGAAAUGCAGAAGUGCGCUGGUCAGGCUAAUGUUGCUCUUGCUGAGGAGAAGGUCCUCAUGGGCUGUGAGUCACGAACCAAACUGUGCCUCGUGUAUGUAUCUUUGGAUGGAUGCAAGCUCAUGUUUAAUGAGACUUUCCAGGAGCCUGCCCUUGCCAACGAGAUGUUUCAAAGGGCCCUGCUCCUCUUCUCGCCAGGGUAUGCCCGCUGUUUAGCCAAAAGGCACUUCCCCUUCGACAUGACCAGCUCACACGGCCACUUGGAAGGUAGUGUGUGCUUCUGCCAGUAUGUCACUCAACAGCUGAAGAAAGAUGAGUGGUUAUAGAAUUCAAACUACACUCAAACAAAACCGUGACACGCUCCUGAGAAUACGUGUGAACUUCAGAUCAAAUAGUUUUAUCAUUUUAUAUUUUUCAGUUGAUUGUAUUUGAUAUUUUGGUUGAUUUUUUUCAAUCUUCUUAACUUAAGCUGGUAAACAACUAGGACUUAAUUAAAUUAUCUCUCUUAAAUUUGGCUCUGAUCUGGCGUGGAUAUGGUUCUGACUUGUUGGAUGAUAUGUUCUGUACAAUUUACACCGACAGGAUGAUCUUAGGGAUGUUCCAGCUGUUUUCAUGAAUUUACAAUAAAUAGAUACUCACACAUAUACAACCAAAGAUUAAAAUAA